AUGCAUGAAGAAACCACUACCGCAGUUGAAAUACUGGAAAGUGUAGGAGCCACUAUCUAUACGAUUGCAGACAAUCUUGGAGCCAAUAGGCUAGACAGAAGGAGCUUCCGGAAAUAUCUUUGCGACUACUCUGCUCGCGCUGCGUCCGAUGGCCAACUUAUUACUGCUUCAAGGCAAGACGUUCAAUGUGCCAACCGUGCCUUGUUUCUAGCCUAUGCCCACCUGGAGUUGAUAUGCUGGCUGGCGAAUAACAACUAUACCGUCUCAUCAACGUCCGUCAAAUGGUAUAGCUGGAGGAAAAUAUUCUCGAAAUACCGCCUGCCCUUACUUGGAGUUUCCUCGCAAACGUCCAGUUUAACAAGCAUGUUGCGGAAUAUCGGAAAGAUAGCGGAUCAGGUAUAUGCAGAUCUUGACGCCAAAAAUAUCAUUGUAUCGCCAGAUUAUCUGAAAUACCGCAAAGUCCCAGUGGGCCCGCCGGUUGUGCCUCCUGAAGCAAUUCAUGACCUUAUUCAUCGGGCCACCAUUGCCCACAAGCAGCUCUCACAAUGA